AUGGCAACACCGCACCGCCCCGCUUCCCUCUGUCUCAGCAGACUUCGCGCAAUCAUCAGCCGCAUGGACCGGCUGAAUAUCGUAAUCAAAGAAAAACUCGCACAUUUAAAGAAUGAGACUCACGAACUGAGGCGUGUCGAGGGCCAGCUGACUGAAGUCGAACUUUCCGAACGAAAUCGGCAGAUCCAGACUGAAAGGGAACAGUUGGCGGCUGUCAUGAAGGUGUUCCGUGACAUGCUUGACCAGUUGGGAUAUGUUUUGGACUCCUCUGAGGAAGGAAUUUAG